UAGGCAGAAUUCGAGAAAGUAUAAAUUCGUGGGAAGGAAUUCAGCCAAAUCCAGUUUCGUUUAAACAUUCAAAAUUAUACGUUAAAUCAGUAAGCUGUCCCUCCAAGUGUUUGGCUAACGGUACAAAUUACACAUAACUGCUCAAUUUGGGUUCAGAUAUGCCGCCACGUAAGGAAGACGGUAAACUGAGCCCGCUGAUCACUCCUGAUCCCCACUACAUUCCCGGCUACCAGGGCCAUGUCCCCGGUUUUUUGUUCGAUUUUGGGGCCACAUUCGGUCAUAUGUCCAACAAAUUGCUCACCGAUCCCUGCAUACCGGGCUCAGGAAAUCUGGUUAGGCCGCUGAACUUCAACGUGGGGCGGUCCGACCCGUCGCUCGGCCCCCUGGUGCGCUCGUCAGGGUGCAACUUCCCGCGGCUGACCACCAACAUGGUGCCCGGCUUCUCCGGCCGGAUCCCCGCCUACGACAACGUGUUCGGUCUGAGCUAUGCACGCGGCACGGAGAAGGCUAUACGGGACUUCGAGUGUAACCAGGUGAAGGCCCGUCAGCAGCGGCAGCAUGUCAACGCACUGGCUGCCAUGAAUACUUGCAAUACUGGCCGGUCCGGCUACAACGCAAAUUGCCCGGUGCCGUUGUGGAGCCCGUAA